CCUGACCCCGAAAACAUCUGCCGCAGUUCAAACCCAGCCAGGAGCUACAGUGAGAUCAAUCUGGAAAACAAAACGCUGCUGCCGGAAAAAUAAUCAUGUCAGACGAGGAGAAGCUGCCACAUGGAUGGGAGAAGAGACUCAGUCGCAAUUCAAAUCGUGUUUACUAUUUUAACCACCACACAAAUGCCAGCCAAUGGGAACGUCCAGUGGGAGACAGCAGUGGAGAGCCAGAUAAGGUACGCUGCUCCCACCUCCUGGUGAAGCACAAUCAGUCACGUCGGCCGUCUUCCUGGCGAGAACAGAAUAUAACACGGACUAAGGAUGAGGCCCUGGAUCUCAUUCAGAAUUACAUAGAACAGAUCAAGUCUGGACAUGAGAGGUUUGAGUCCCUGGCGUCUCAGUUCAGUGACUGCAGCUCUGCAAAGAACGGUGGCGACCUGGGACAAUUUGCCAGAGGUCAAAUGCAGAAGCCUUUUGAAGACGCCUCCUUUGCCCUCAAAGUGGGAGACAUGAGCGGCCCAGUUUUCACUGACUCUGGAAUCCACAUCAUCCUACGUACUGGCUGAGAAAAACACAUACUGUAGUUUCCUCCUACACACACACACACACACACACACACACACACACACACACACACACACACACACACACACACACACACACACACAUACACAUACACAUAGUCCAACCAACAACUUCUAUAAGUCAUUCUAAUGUUAAAUUGUGCUCAAUAAACAAAUUUCACGAUCUGUGGCGCGUUGUUUCAGGUGGGAUCAUUUUAGAUUAAGCUCUAUCGGACAUGUGUGGUUGAUUUUAUUGCACUGGUGUAUUUAGGAAUAUUCUUCAAAGCUUCUGCUUUAUAUGGCCCUGCUGUUUGAUAACAGUAGUUCCUGCGGAGAUGGCCACCUUUGAAAAUAGCUUCACGUGAGCAGAGUUCAAGAAUGCAUUUAUGAUAUCCUGUUAUGGUAUGUGCAUGUCUUUAAAAGGACCAUAUGCUGUGUGUUUCCCUGUAAUCUUUUUCAUUUCUGUUAUAUUUUCUUGCCAAAGCUGCUUCUUCCUGUGUGUCAUAGCUUUGGAAAAUGCAUAAUUAAGAUGUUUGAGGUGCAGUCUAACUAAUGCAGGCUGGAGAGAGUGUUUUAUUAUUCUCAGAAAAUCUCUAAAUGCAUACAAUUUCUAGUUUACUUGGCCCGUCAUUUCAAGAUGUGCAUGGUUUCCCUUUUUGGAUGUGCAAAGAUGAAAUCGCCGAAUGCUUGCAGAUGAUAACUCCACUGCUUUUAAAUGCAUCCAUGUUCAAAUGAACUGUUAAUGUGUCGUUAGGGCAUAAAUAAAACUUUUUUUUAUAUG